AUGGGCUCUUCAUCGGACUCAAGCUCGUCCGGUUCAUCAUCAAGUUCGGAUGAAAGUGAGGAGGAACCCCCCCUUCCUGCAGCUGCGGUGAAAUACUUGGACGAGGUCGGGGACCUUUUUCUUGGCUCAUCAGGACUAGCAGAAUGGUUUCAACGCCGUCAUGGAAAAUGUUGCUUCUCGUCGGACUGCAGUGGAGCAGAUGCGCCCUUUCUAGCUUUGCGGUACCUCUUUGAAGCUGCCAAUCAGGGCCACAGCCUGGUUCACUUGUCGGCAUCUGAAAUCCACCCCAGCAAGCGGCAGUUCCUCAAACAGAACUUCAAUGUUCAGCAGCUCACAGAGUCAGUGUUGAAGCAAGACAACACGCUUCUCUCAAAUGGCGUUUGUCUAUUGGAGAACGUGAUGGGUUUCAAAAUUAUAGCUGACAAAGUUGCAACCUUCAUAAUGGUCAACUGCCCAGGGUACCGAAUGGUUUAUGUCGCACUCAAUCCGCGAAGAUAUGGCGCACCUAUCAGUCGCAAGCGUAUCUUUUUGAUCAUGGUUCGGGAAGAUUGCUUGGCCAGCGAUGUUCAGAACUAUGAUUUCGGUGACUUUAUUCAGGGGAAGUUAGAUGGCAUGAAGCUUCCUGCCUCCAAAGUAGGUUGGAAUGACCUAUUGCUUCCUUCAGAGCAUCCGGCUGUGCGAGCAGAUGUUUCGAAACGGAAUCAGCGGCGGCUCAAGGCAAUGUCCAUGCCAGUCAACAAGAAAGCAAAGUGGGUGAAGAGACACCGUGAGUGGGCAAAGCAGCACCAGGUUGAUGUCCAGAAGGUCAACAAGGAGAAAUUAUUUGCCAAAAAGCACCCUUCCGCUGCCAAACAAAUUACGUCCUAUCGGGAGCUGGAGGCGUGCAACCUUCUGGCUGCAAAACAUUCAAGUCUCGCCAUGAUCAACACGAGCCAGAACUUGGGGCACAUCUCAGUGUUGGAGUGUACAUCGGAGGAGCUCUUUUGCCUUACGCCACAAGGCAAAUUUUUGGCGACGGGCCGGGGUCGCUACUUGCUGGGGCGUGAAACUAUGUUGCUCAUGGGACUGCCCGUGCACCGUCUCAACUUGAAAGGCUGCAGUGAAAAUGUGGGGUCUUGGAGUUUCUGGGGUUUUCAAAUGUGA